GAGGACAAGAUAAUGUCUCGAGCAGUUCAAGACGCAGUACAGCGACUCACUGAAGCGGUUAACGCUAUCGUUGGCUGGCAGUUAGAAACAACCACAUGGCUGAAGAGAACUCUUGUAGUCAAACAUGACCAAGCCAUUCGCUCGCAAGAUACCAGUCCAUCCGUGGAGACCAGUACCCCUCUCAAUACACCGCUGCCCUCUCUGAACCAGUCUGAACAGAGUUCUAUGCGUGGCUCAACUCUAUCACUGAUGGCACGACCUUCUUCUUUGGAUGCCGGUUCCAGCGUAAACUCAUUAGCUGAGAAGAAAAGCAGUUCUAAUCUUCGUAGCUCGGUCAAGGAUACGAACAACAAUAAACGUGAUCCAGCUCAUAGUACUCAAGCGCUUUUCUUAUUGGCAGAGAAUUUGGCUGAGUUGGUGGAUUCUGUUUGUAAAAGUGAUGACAAAGAGCGGCUUUUGCCGACGCUCCACGCUGUCUGGGGAAAUGUUGUUCCUUAUUUGAAAGCAAAAAAGUAUGUUUUUUCAGUUUUCUUUCCAAUGUCGCAAUGUGCCACUCAAGGCGGUAUAUAUUUCAGUGCUCGAAACUCACGGUUUUUCUUGGCUUCUUCUCAGCUGUUGGCGUCCAUGAAAAGUAUUGCCUACACACCAAACGCGUCCUUCAGUAUCAUGACGUCGAAGGAACAAGAGUAUGAAGCAAGGGCCCAGGCUGUGAAACGAUUGGCAUUUGUUGUACUUGGAUCCGAGCUCGAUCAGUACCAGGCGCAAAUGAACGAUAUCCAAGGUAAAGAAAUUUGA